AUGUAUCAACCUGUAGCAAUGCUUCUUCUCUCUAAACCGAUAUCGCAGGGGUAUGUGGCAAGUCUUCCCCCUCCCCCAAGUCCUUCAUAUGGGCGUAGGCGUCAGUGGAUGCGAGCGAUGGAUGCUAAUAGUGAUGUGCGGGCCUUCUACACCCCUCAUGCGGCACGAUACGAGGCGUGGUACAAGGAAAUGUACCAGUUGGAAGACCUCGGCAACGGCUGUGCGGCUUCGGGGUCGAGCUCGAACAAGCUUCUAGACGAUUCCAAGAACAUUCAACACGCAGCUGAGGACUAUGACUUAAAGAAUGUACAAGAGGAACUCCAAUAUUGGUCCAAUGAGUUCAAACAUUUGACCCAAUUAAAAAGGUAG